CUCCGAAGCUCGUCCACAGGAUCAACGGAAGCGGAUGGAAAGGAUCGUCAUACUUGCCGCGCAGCGCCUCUAAGUCGUACUGGCUUGGUUCGGUAUUUAUGGACGGUAUCGUGAAAUAUCACGUGCCAGAUACGUUGGAGAUGACUUCAAAAGAGAGCUUACUAUACAAACGGCCAAAGACAUCCUCACUUUCUCUGUAGAGACAUACAAAAAGCUGCAUACAUUUGGAGAGCCAUUCUCACGUCACAACCGCCGUCUACAACGUGUCCCAAAAUUCCCCACGCAAGAACAUGUCCGAGAAAGUGGACGUAUUGAUCUGUGGCAGCGGUUCUGCUGGACUCUGUACAGCAACCUGGCUCGCACGAUACGGUGUUCGAUGCAAAAUCGUUGAUUCACGUCUUGGACCGUUGGUGAGUGGUCAAGCGGACGGGGUUCAGUGCCGCACUGUUGAGAUCUUUGAAAGUUUCGGUCUGGAGGAUCGUUUAUUGCGCGACGCCUACCAUGUGCUGGAAGUCUGUUUCUGGUCAGCAAACUCUGGUGGGGAAAUGGUCCGAACGCGAAGGGUGACAGAUACUCCUGAAGGGCUUUCGCAUCAACCGCAUGUGAUACUCAAUCAAGCUCGAGUGCACGGGAUUCUGAUCAACGCUAUGCGUGAUUUCAACCAGCAAGAGGUUGAAUAUGGAUACACUGUGAAGAGUGUUCAAGUUGAUAGCGCCGCUGCUACCGGCCCUGAUGCCCACUGUGUGAUGGUCGUGGUAUCGAAGGGCGGAAAAGAUGAGAGAAUCGACGCGAAAUAUGUGCUGGGCUGCGACGGUGCUCAUAGUACUGUCCGGCGAUCGCUUGGAGUCAGCAUGAUUGGGGAUUCAACAGAUGCUGUGUGGGGAGUAAUGGACGUCUUCCCCCGCACCAAUUUUCCCGAUAUUCGCAAGAAAGUGGUAAUACAAACGCCGAAAGGCAGCAUGCUCGUCAUUCCACGAGAAGGAGGCUCGAUGGUUCGAUUCUAUAUCGAAUUGGGAAGAGCGGUCGCACCAAAAGAAGUGAAGCUUGAUGAUUUGCAAGCUACGGCACGUCAUAUCCUUGCUCCCUUUACAUUAGAUAUCGCUUCGACCUUUUGGUGGUCAGCAUAUUCCAUUGGACAACGACUUGCAGAUCAAUUCUCCAAGCACAAUCGAGUGUUCUUGACUGGAGACGCUUGCCACACUCAUUCUCCCAAGGCGGGUCAAGGCAUGAAUGUUAGCUUACAAGAUGGAUACAACAUCGGGUGGAAGCUCGCUACUAUUCUCAAAGGCCACGCCUCUACGGAUCUCUUAUACACUUAUAAUCUUGAGCGGGAGAAGGUUGCAGCGACACUCAUCGACUUUGAUCGAGCUUUCACGAAAUCCUUCAGCACAAAGACUCCCGACGACGAGCCAUUUGAUGAACACUUUGUGAGAGCCAGCAUGUAUACAGCUGGACUCACAGCUACAUAUGACGAGUCUCCUAUCACAAGCGUGUCUAGGAGCGCACCGCAUCUAGCAAGAAAUAUCACGGUCGGUAUGCGUUUUCCAAGCACACUAGUCACACGACGCUGCGACGCGCGAGUAAUUCAGCUGGUGAGAGCAAUGCCUGCAGACAGCCGGUGGCGCAUCGUGCUUUUUGCUGGCAAUAUCCAAGAAGUGACCCAAGCCAGAAAGUUACAGCAGCUCGGAGAGUCCUUAUUCUCGAGAACGGGCUUGCUCCACACGUACACGCCAGUUGACGCGGACAUAGACAGCUUCAUCGAGAUUCUCGUCGUUCUGUCAGGCAUGCGCCAUGAGAUUGAUGAUGUAGAGAUACCUUUGUUGUUUUCUCCGGUGACGGGGAAGUGGGGUAUGUGCGACGUUCAUAAGAUAUUUGUUGAUGAAAUCAAUGACUUGGGGCACAGCCCAGCGUACAACUUCUACGGCGUCGAUAGAAACGAGGGUGCUGCCGUGAUCGUUCGUCCCGACCAUUGUAAGUCAUUGUCUGGGGCCUUGUUGCUGUCUAGUUUUGAGUUGUUGCUGCUGACCGGCAUAGAUGUUUCGAUGGUGACCGCGAGGGACGACUAUGAUGGUUUAAAGGGCUUCUUUGAUGGCUGGGCGACACCUCAGAUGUGAUGACUGUGGCUAGCUCUAGGGUAAGAUUUGGAACAGAUGCUUGUGGAUUUUGUUUGAUAUUCAUUCCGCCCCGGUUGAUCGACGAAGCAGCGUAAGCUGUCUCAAUUGCAAGCAAAUAUAUGUGUAUAAAUCUCGGUGGAACAGUGAGAUAAAUAUGUAAUGCAACACACUGGACAG